AUGCAGAGGACCAUCAGAAUUGUCCCCACGUUAUCCUCGGUGAAUGGAUCGAGAGACAAAGAGGACGAAAUCCCGGAAGACGUGGAUAGGAAAGUAGAGUGGGGAUACAAAGUCUACGCGGGCACUGGUGACCGGAAGGGCCCAUCAAUUCAUCUUCAAGGCUGCAUCUUGAAGAACCCUGUUGUCGAUAUCUUGACCGAACGCAGCGUUCCCCAAGGGACCCUGGCGCUGGCGAACAUGAUCACAGCGACCAAAGUGUACGCACCAUUUGCUCGGGGCGUGUUCCUCAAGAACCACUGCAAUAUGAACGGCGCCGAUACUGAAUAUCUCGAGGGAUCCGUCAAAACAAUGGUCAAUAUGGUAGCUCAGCCGCGCGAGAUCAUAUCCCCGCCAGCGCAACACGAAGAAGAGACGCGGAGCCUCUCAGAUGGAAACACUUGGACCAUGACGCUGGACCUUAAAGGGAUCAAGCCGCCCACCAUACUCGACUCUGUUACCGAUGCCAAGAGGUUCCUGGUCCGCGCCCAGUCAGAAUGCUUUUCCCGUCAAGACUACUCUACUCGAGCAUCACACACUGCGCUACUCCUACGCCUUGCCUUCGGAUUACGUCGAGAUUCUGUAUAA